GGCAAUUUACUUCUUCAACCCAACGGUCACUGUAAUUUAGCAGAAAACAAACCCUAUUUUUGUGGAAUCAACAACUCCGAUGUUUAUCUCACAAGAAGGUGUUGUUAAAAGGGUAUGACAAACAGCUCAUCUUCAUCAAAAUAGAACGGAUAAGAUUAUUAUCCUGUUGAUAUAAGACGACCCACACCCGAAUCAUAGAGAACCAAAAUGAGCAAACCUGAAGAGAACACUGAAAAGAAGGAAUCGGCACAGAUUUUGAACAAGAAGCUCAAAGAUGUCGAAAUCAGCAUUCCAAUAGUUUAUGGCAACAUAGCAUUCUGGCUUGGAAAAAAGUCUAACGAGUAUCAAUCUCAUAAGUGGACUAUAUAUGUACGUGGGGCCACUAACGAGGAUCUUGGUGUAGUGAUAAAGCGAGCUGUUUUUCAGCUUCAUUCUAGUUUCAAUAAUCCUACAAGAGUCAUUGAGGCACCUCCUUUUGAGUUAUCAGAAGCAGGCUGGGGUGAAUUUGAGAUUGCCAUUACACUGUAUUUUCACAGUGAUGUGUGUGAUAAGCCUUUGAACCUAUAUCAUCAUUUGAAGUUGUACCCAGAAGAUGAACCUGGCCCUGUGUCAAUGAAGAAGCCAGUUGUUGUAGAAUCAUAUGAUGAGAUCGUAUUCCCGGAGCCUUCAGAGGGUUUCUUAGCUCGUGUACAGAGUCAUCCAGCUGUAAAUCUACCCAGAUUACCUGCUGGUUUUACUUUGCCUCCUCCUAUGCCGGUUGAAGAUACAAGUAAAAGGAAGAGAGGAGACACUAAAGAUAAUCCUCUAGCCCAGUGGUUUAUGAAAUUCUCUGAAGCAGAUAAGCUGCUGCAGCUUGCUGCAGCUCGUCAGCAGGUGCAGGCUCAUAUAGCAAAACUCCGACGGCAAAUAAGCUUGAUAAAUGGGCAGGAUCAACAUUUGAAAUCUCCCUCCAACCAGUGAAUGCACUUAUGAAGAGUUUUGAGGUUUCUACUUCGCAUUGGUUUAGGCUGAAGCAAAUGAUGGCAUAGGCAUGUAGCAAUGAUAUUUAUUUUCUCAGAAGAGGGUAGUUUUAUACCCCCUCUCUUUGUACUUUCUUUCCAUUUCUACCUCUUUAUGUUUAUAUAUGAGAAUGUAGCUCUGUAUCAAUAAACAACAUGCUGUAUCAUUUGAUUAAAUUUCAAUAAAAAUUAAAUUUACUCCA